AUGCUUCUGGAGUCAACCCAUGAUUCGGACGCUCCGUGGGUGCGCCAUCUGCAGCGCUACGGACCGCUAGACCAGACAGAAGGCGUCGACUGCGGUCCACAGAAGGAGAAACGUGGUGCUGGCGACGAGCUUCGGCAUCAGGCUCUGCUUGCUGUUCUUGGCAGUCGCUCUCGACUUCCUCUUUUUCUCGCUGGUUCUUUCCCCAGAGGCAAGGAAGCAAACAAUAAGGUAGGUACGGAUAACAAAGGAGAUCACGAGGCAAGUCACGGGAAGGAGGACCCCAGCCGGCCUGGACAGAGUACCUUACUCGUACAGUCGAUUGCGCCAUAUGGACAAAAGGCACCAAUGCAUCACCAUGACCAUGACCAUGACCACCACCGCCAUACACGUGCGCUAGCCAAAGGACCAGCCAGGCACAAGGCACAGACAGGCACAGGCACAGGCACAGGCACGGGCAGACACGCGCGACAGACGACAUACUGUACAUACCUACUAGUGUACCAAGCAUCAAGCAACCCUCAUCCAUCCGACGGUCCCAGCGGCGCCAUGCAAGCCUUGAGUGGAACUACGGAGCACUUGUGCCUGUCUCCGCACAGAGCUGUCGCUUCUACAUACCAUCAGACUGGCGCUCCACAGCCUGCAGACGAGGCCAGGCCUUCUGGACGGAUCAGUGCGACCGCAACUCCACUAGCCAUCUCGCAACUCGUGCCCUGGGCAUUGGUAUACUGUGCAGAGCUUUUUUUAUUAAGAUUUGCAGAUGUAGUUAUAUGA